AUGGCUCAACGCGUCAGUAUAUCGAACGGUCGCAAGGAAUCAGUCACCGAGAAUGAAAACAUCCUUGUUCCAACCCCAUCUCAGUUCGAGAAGCUUUACCUUGCUCCAGAAAAAGCAGUAGCAGGUGAUCUCCGACUCAAAUUUGGAAAUCCAACACCAGUUGCCCUUGGUGGCUUCCUGCUUGCAAACACACCAGCAACCAUCAUGCUUAUGGGCUGGAGAGGAGCUGGUGGUGGUGCAGGCGAUGCCACCGCAGGUGUUGGUGGCAUUGGAGAGUGGAUUCUCGGCAACACUUUCUCAUCAGUCGUCUUCUUUACAUUUGGAGGAUAUUGGGGUGCGUUUGGAGCAACAGUGACUCCAUUCUACAACGCGGUCGCGGCCUAUCAAAAUGCUGCUGGCUUCUACAACUCCUUUGCUUGGUUCCUCCUUUGGAUGGGUGUUCUCUGCCUCCUCUACGCAAUUGCUGCUCUACGCACGAACAUCUGCCUGGUCGCCAUCCUCCUCUGCUUCACCAUCACAUUCCCUUGCUUGACUGCUAGCUACUUCGCGGCCGCUGAUGGACACAUGGCCUUGGCUGUCUCGACCAGAGUUGCAGGUGCUGCGUUUGCUUUUGUUGCUAGCAUUGUUGCGUGGUACUUGUGGUUCAGCAUGAUAUUGGAGAGUGUCGACUUUCCUCUCACGUUGCCAGUGGGUGAUCUCAGCAAGUUUGUCAAGGGCAAGAGCGAGAAGAGCAUGGUAUAG